AUGCAGCUGCAUCUCUCACCAUAUCUCUCGCAGAUACACUUGUUCGCUGUGAAUCAUGGCCGCAAAGGUGAAUCGAUCACGAUCUUCUCACACAAACUCGGGACAAAUGUUCUAGAGUUUGUCAAGGAUAUCAGUCACCCCAAGCUGAAAACACCGAAUGCGGUGACUCCAUCUGGGCCUGUGUCCUUUUUCAGCACCAACGACCACUAUUACUACAACGGCAUCUUACGAACUCUUGAAGACAAAUACGCGCCUUUCCGGUGGGCCUCGUGGGUAAUUCAUUGCGACGGGUCUGGCUCGACGACGACUUGCCGAAAAGUCUCGGACGACCUUCAAUACGCCAAUGGUAUACUUUUGACGGAAGAGGGCAAGACUCUCCUCGUCAAUGACUUGUACGAGGGUACGACGAUCAUUUACAGUGUUGAUCCGGAGACAAAGGAUCUCGUGCUGGAGAGGAAAGUUAGACUCGGAGGGACACCGGAUAAUCUGGCUGAAAUUCCCACCAACGGAGACAUUGUAGUACCAGUUUUUCCCAAUCUGGUUACACUGUUUAAACGCGGUUUCGGACCCGGCGGCCUUGACUACGGCACUCUGUGCGAAUCUGCAGUGGUGCGGCUGGACAAGUCAAAGGGUUAUGCUCCAGAGUUGCUCUUCUGGGACGACGGCUCGCAGUUGAGCGUGUUGACCGGGGCUGCGGUAGACCCUUACAAUAAGAGGCUCAUCGCAGGAGGAAUGUUUUCCAAGGCAUUUCUCGUCUGUGACAUCAGCAACGACAAAACAGGUGUGGUUUUUGGUUGA